CUCGGGGAAGAAGGACCAGGGGGCUGGGAUUCAUCAGGUGUGUACAGGGCAUCACCAGGUGUGAGCUGGGCCUCAGCCACUGCCUCCACUCUGCAGGCCUUCCUGGGAGCUCACCCAGCCCCUGGGCCCCUCUCUGAGCCCGGAUCGCCUCUCCAGCACUGUAGCAGACUUUAAUUCACCUUUGUCAGGAAGGAAAGUCAUCGAGGAAUCCAGAAACAAUGAUUUCUUCCCAGAAGAAGCAGCACAGUGCAAGAUGGCAGCACAUGGAGCAUCUAACUAACAGCCUACAUGAAGCUUAUGUAACAUUGUUAUGUCAUCAGUCUAUGAUUCUGGCCAUGAAUUCCAGCUCUGUAGAUCCCUUACAACAAUAUGAAACUCAAUUGGAGGUAACAAAGAAAUCUUUUAAAAUGGUAUUUGGACUACCAAGUUUUGACAAAGGAACAUUUCAGACCAGCGAUGAAGAUGUCAAGGACCUGGAGAUUUUAUAUCGAGAUAUUUUAAAUUUGUUUGAGGACACUAUUCUGAUCUUAGUGUCUAAAGACCUCUACAAACUACAGAUCUUAAAGGAAAUGACUAUGUGGAUGAGUGAAGAUAGUUUAUACCAGCAAGAGAGAGUAAUGGUGAUCAUCAGCAGGGUGUUAAGAUUUGCAUCCAGGAAAGUCAGGGAACAUACAAGUAUUGAUGCUCCAUGUUUAGGUGUCCUGGCAGCAGAGCUGUCUCUUCUGUGUUCCCAUGCUGAUGCCUCAGUCACACAGCAAGCAUCCCUGGGAAUGUAUUACCUCCUCUGCAUUGCAAAACAUCAGAGUGCAGACUCCCAAAGAGACAACCCUACAAAGCAGUAUGAGCAUGGAAAUCACUGCUUCCUGACUUCUGAUUCUGAAUUCCGACCUGAGGUUUUGCAACAAGACAAAACUAAACUUGCUCAGUGUAUAGGACAAAGCUUAUCACCCUCUUUGCUGACUGACUUUAUGUUGCAUCUCCUGAUGAAACUCUCGACAUCUGAUCAAGAAACUGCAUCCAAAGCAGCAACUGUGCUGAAACUGACUCUGAAAUAUCAUGCCCAGAAGGUCACCAGGGUGUGUCAGAUGGUGGACACUAUUUAUAAGCAACUGAAAGAAAAUUCUUCUCACUUUAUGAAGGACAUCUUGUUGGAGGUUGUCACCUUGUUGGCACAAAUGUUGCCCAAAGGUGUCGUCUUUCAGCUCAUGUACUACCCAGUCCCAGCGGACAACGCUCUGAUGCUGAUGUGGCAGGCAGUGGGCUCUGAGCCACAAGUUGCCCCACAAGUGCUGAAGGAAAUCCUGUUGGUCUUGAAAGACAAACCUUGGGAAGUGGAGGACACCAUGCAGGAAGGGAGAUGCUUCAUUCUGGAUGUCACUAACAUGAUGCCUCUGGCGGCAUCCCAGGCCCUGUGCAUGCUUUUGCCUAUGGGUUCCUAUAAGAAGACAGUGGCCCAGUUUUUUCCCGAGAUCUUGAUGGCCCUCAUGUUUCAACUCCUUUACAUCAGUCAGCUGAGAGUGCAGCCACAGGACAGGCCUAUUUAUGCCCGGGAGGGGCUGAGAAUUCUGCUAAAUUGUUCUGGACUGCAAGAAGUGGAUACUGCUCUGAAACAGAAGUAUUGCUGGAGUCAUAUUUGCCAAACAUACUAUUACCAAGAUGGGGUCAACCUCAUUGCCAGAACUCUCUGUGAAUAUAACUUUCCACAGUUUCCAGAAACCUUAUAUUAUCUCCACAAGAUCUUAGUGCAAGGUCCUAGGAGGUCAGAAGAGCAUAUCAUCAUAGUAAUAUUCUUCAUCAAAAUUCUGGAUAAGUUCUUUAAGGACCCACUCCCAGAAUUAUUUUUGGUCCUCCUCAGAAACUGGAUCAAUGAUUCCAAUCCUGAAAUUAGCAAAUUAAGCCUUCAGAAAAUCACCAGCAUGGCCCCAGUUGUCCAUAAGAUAGAAAAUGUCCGCAGCUUAUUAACAUCCAUCCUAGAUGCCUUCGGGUCCAAAGAUGAGACUGUUGUAACUCAGGCCUUGCUCACCCUCCGAAGACUGGUAGACAAACUGGACAAGGUGAACUAUUCAUCACUGUGCACUGGAAUUGCUUCCAGCUACUUCCAUCUGAUGGAUCAUUGCUCUGGAAAUGUGCGGAGCUUGGCUAUCAGGCACUUGGCAGAAUUGAUCAAGGGUGUGAGCCAACACACAUCAACCUUAAAACAUGUCCUAGGAGGCUUCGCACCCUUCAUCCUCUGUUUGGAGGACAGGGACACUAGAGUAGUGAGUGCAUGUAAACAUACAUUAGCAAUCUGUGACUCGCAACUAGAAUGGUCAAUCUCAACUUUGUUUAAAGAAGAAAAUUACAAUUUUGAGCUGGUAGUUCUCAGCAUCUGUAACAAUCUUCUUCUUUCUCAUGAGAGUUGCAUUACAUACUUAACUUGUGACGCCUUAGGGUUCCUGGGAAGCUCCCAAGUGCAUCUGAGAAGAGCAGCAGUUAUUUUACUAGGGUACUUGGCAGAAUUGGGUGGACAUUUGCUAUUCAGAGAUGAAAUUGAAGUUUUGAUUGAAGCUACGGAACGAAUGCUCCAGGAUGAAGACUCUCAGGUCCAGGAGUUGGCAGAAAUAACCCACGAUCUUUUAAAGAAAAUAGCCCAUAGACCAAGAUCCACAACUAUUAAACACGCUUUCCAGAGAUUGUUUAAGUUCUCCUACACCAAGGAAAUGAAGCAUCUUUAUAAUUGGCAAGGCACCACAUGGACGGUCCUAAACAGAGAAGAGAAAGAGGACCAGCAGCCACUCUACCUGCCCCUGGAUCCUCCUCCAGCUUCUGACCUCUGAGCCAGGUGUGUUGACUUCUGUGGGAAAGAACGCUGGCUUCUCCUGCAGGACACUCACAUGAUGAGCAUCGUGAUGGAGCCGGGAAGCUCCAGACACCCUUGUACUGAUGUGAUCUCCCUUGUCCUCCCCCCCACCCCGCUCACUCACACCUCCCUGCCCAUUGCCUGCCUUGCUGAUGUCAAGCUCCAGCGUCAGGUGAAGAUGAUAACCUACAGAGACUACUUACCCAGCUCCCAAGGUUGCAUGAAGUCAAAGCCCAGGUUCUGCUUCUCUAACAGAACCCUGACUGAUACAGUACCUGGGAUAAACUUUCACACCCUACUGCUUGAGGGUGGGUGAUGGAUGUCGCGCCUAUGAUUUCUCUUAACACCCUGUGAUUAUAUUUUUCACUACACUUAUCAGACUGGAGCAAAAUUAUCUAUUUUCCUUCUGCCCCACAAAAUUGAAGUUUCAUGAAAGCAACUGUCAUAUCUUAUACUUGGUUGUAUACUAUGGAACUGACACCUCAUUAGGUGCCUGACACCUAACAUGCUCGAUAAAUAUUUGGCAAAUUAAUGAAGUGCAAGUAGAACAUAUUCCUCUUGUACUUCAAUAAAAUUUUUCACAUAUUUAUGAGUGCUCUUUCAUGGAAACAGUGAAAGGAUGGACUUUUUUGAUUUAUCCCUGAGCCCAUGUUAUUUUAUAUUACCUAGAAGUCCCAGGCUUACCAUUCAAAAUUAGGGCAAAUUUCCUUUGCCAGCUACUAAACUAACAGAAUACCUAGAGAACCAGGCC